AUGGAUUCUUCUGCUGCUGCUACAUACACUGCAGUACCUGAAACAGAACCCCAGAUUGAACACAUAAUUUACAUUCCUAAAGACAUUAAACCUGCAUUCCAUGAACUGUGCUGCAUUUACAAGGUUCCUCCCAAUCUCAGAAAGUUGAAUGAAGGGGAAGCCUAUGAACCGGUUUUGAUCUCAAUAGGCCCUUUUCACCACAAUAAAAAACCAGAACUGGAACCAAUGCACAUACAGAAGCAAAGGUAUUUUCUUGCAUUCUGGGAACGUGUGAUAAGCAAAAAGGCUUUGGCCAACUACAAAGCCUUCCUCAAUGAAAAAAUUAAAACCAUAGGCCACUGGUAUUCAGAGCCAACUAACCUCAGUAAAGAUGAGUUUGUGGACCUGAUACUGUUAGACUCAGUCUUCAUCAUGGAGCUCUUUCUGAGAAAUUCCAAAAAAUCUGAGCAGACAGAUGAUUACAUGUUCACCACAUCAUGGAUUUACAAGAGCAUCCAGAGAGACCUCUUACUACUUGAAAACCAACUUCCUAUUUUUGUCUUGGAAGAGUUAUACAGAAGGGUUGACAAGCUAAGUGAUCUCAGCUUUCUUGAGCUUGCAUUUAACUACUUUGAAGAUUACUAUCCACUUAAGUCAACACUUGAUCAAAAUCAAGACAUUGUCAAGAACUUCAAAUCUUGCAACCACUUCACUGACUUGGUAAGAAGUUUCUACCUUCCAGGAAAGGUUUACGACAAGGACUGGAUGCCAUCAAAGUAUUUCACCCCCUGUGCUAAAAACGAAUGUGUCCUUAAGACUGCAACAAAGUUGAAUGAAGCAGGAGUUAGCUUUGAGAAAGGGAACGACAGAAGUUUGUUAGACGUAAAAUUCAAGAAGAUUCGAGUUUUGAGCUGGUUUCUUUGCCUAGGUUGCAUACCAUGUUUCACAUGUGUGAAAGCACGUUUCCAAAUCCCUCAACUAAAAGUGCUCCAAACAACAGAAUGUGUUCUAAGGAACCUCAUUGCCUUGGAGCAGUGCCACUACUCAGACCAACCUUUCAUAUGCAACUAUGUUUAUCUGAUUGACUCUCUGAUCCACACUGAAGAUGAUGUGGAGUUGUUGGUGGACAAAGAGAUCAUUGUCCAUGAACUUGGCUGCCACAAGGAAUUGGCAACCAUGAUAAAUGAUAUUUGCAAGCACGUGGUGGUGAACUGCAACUACUAUGGCAAAACCUCAAAGAAACUCAAUGAUCACUACAAUUGUUGGUGGAAGCAUUAUAUGGGUAUGUUAAGGUCAGUGUAUUUCCGUGACCCUUGGAGACUAAGCUCAACUGUUGUAGGAGUCGUUAUCUUCUUAUUUGCUAUUGUCAACUUCCUUCGUAUUACUGGUUUGUAUCAUGCAAAAUAA